GCGUGACUCAUUGGGAGAUUAAAGAAUUAAGCAUUUAAUCAAGAUGGAAUCAAACUAAUUGCUUUAAUUCAUCUUUUAUGAACGAAAUCAUUUUCUGCUCACUGGGUUGUACUGUGCAUCCUAUAUUCAAAGGGCCCAGAGGGGGAGCUUUAUUGGCCUUAGAAGGUGAAACAGGAAGAGAGAGGGGCAUUCCCAACGUUGGUCUAAUGUGUCAUCGGCAGUACACACUGUAUGUUGACUGUUUGUAGAUGUGUGCCAGGGAACAUAUGAGAUAAUAUACAAUAUACAAUAUACAACACACAGACACACUUCAUCACAAACCCCUGUGACGGUUACAUUUACCAUUUCUAACCCGAUGCUUUCUGCUUUUUCAUUUAUUCAUAUCCCCCUCUUUCUUUCUUUCUUUCUUUCUUUCUUUCUUUCUGGAAUCACCAGUAGGACAAAGCUUUCACAAAGAGAAUAUGUACAGUAUGCACUUGAUAACAAGCUAGUGACAGGCACUAGACAAAAGGCAGUUUUGAUGCAAACAAAUUCCAAAUGUGGGCUUGUUAAGGGUCGGGUGAGUGGGAAAACGGCAGUUAAAUAUUAUGAUUGAAGAUAUGGGAGGGACCAUUGUGAACCCAGAGAGGAGAUUAGUGACAAAAUUAGCGAGGCGAUGUAACGGGUAAGAGGGGUGGAUGGGUGGAGGAAUAGAAAAGGCAGAGUAGAGAAAGGGUGGGUACAAAAGUGAAGGACAGAGGGUGGGAGCCAAUGUGGGGGACCAGGGAGGAGGGGUGGAGUGGCAACAGGAUUGUGUUCUUGAGGGAGGUUGAGACAGAGGCAACCCAGCUGAAGAUCAGUUCAAGCAUCAGAGUGGAAAUCUGUGCUAGAGCAAGCAGACAGACAGACAGACAGACACACUUGGCGCACAAAGACCCACAGUGGCAGAAGGAGACAGGCAGACAGACUUAUCUGAGCUGUAGUUGCUUCACUGAAGGAGGAGUAGGACUUUUAAACUCACUGUGAAGAGCAACAACAGACAGGCUCUUUUUUCGGCCAGGAUGCGAGGAGUAGGGCUGUGCGUCUACCUGGUGCUGCUCCUGACGGAGAGCGCGAUGUGCCAGGGGAGGGGGCUUGGCGAGCUGCAGGGACUGCCAGAGGGAGGGGAGGAGGGAGAGGGACAAGAGAUGGAGCGAGACCUGGUGUCUGUCAACAUACUGAAUCGACACGGACUCCUGGGGUCCUACCAGCCCGUCCCCCGCAGGAGCCGCUCACGUCGGCCACCGCCCCCUGCCCCCAAGAGGAGCCCCCCGGGGUCACGCUAUGCCCUGUCCCUGGAUGUCCCCACCAACAUCCUCAAUGUCCUGAUCGACCUGGCCAAGAACCGCGAAUUGCGCACCAAGGCCGCGGCUAAUGCGGAGCUGAUGGCUCGCAUUGGCAGAAGGAAAUGAGGACCGCAUCCUGGCUGGACACAGGGAAGUGAAGAGGGAGUGGGGACGGGGAUAAAAAAUACCAGGGAGGAUGCUUGGGACAACCUUUUUCCCUGUCGUAGUUCCUGUCGGGUUAAUUUUCCAUGGAUGUUUAUUAAAAGUACAAAAAUCUAUUUAUGUCACCCCAAGACAGCAAUUUUAGCUGGAUUGGAAUUAUAAUUGAGGAGGGUUAAGGUCAAUCGACAUGUAGAGAAGUGAUAGCUGCCCAGCUAACACAAAAUGUUCUCACAAUGUUAGUGGAAUGUUUUGUCAGUGUUAUAACACUGCCACUACAUGGCAAUAACAUUGUGAAAUGUUUUGUGUUAGCUAGGUGGUGUGAUUGAAAAUGCAAUGUGCAUAAAUGCUGGCAAGAAAGUAAGAAAGUAAAAGAUGUAACAAAAAGUCAGGUUUCAACAUCCAACAAUUUUUCCCCCUGUAUGAUUGAAAUAUGACAGUAUGUUAACUCUGACAAGGGGAUUCAUUCUGUUUACAUUAGAUAUGGAAAUGAUCAGGACAAUCAACUGAUUUUCCUCAGUAUUGUAGAAUAUACAAGCUUUUCACUACUUAAAACUACCUAAAAACACAAA